CCGCGUCCGUAAUUUUGAUCAGUAACCAGUCUAGUGAAGAUGGCCGAAAACAAUGGCAGUGGUUAUUGAGCUAACUUUGCAUUCUCUUGCUACUUGUCAACAAAGAAGUUAUCUUUAAUUAAAAAGUAACUGAAGCACACAACAUAGUCAUACAUAUAUAUUAUGGCAACUGCUAUUCAGAAGAAUGGCGUGAAACCUUUAACAAAUUCAUCAAUAAAUCAUGUAGAAGAUGUAAAUAAUUUAGACAAUACAGACAUAUGCAAAGAUGAACAAGAUGGAAGACUAUUUGAUAGACAGAUUCAGCCAUACAUGGAUACCCCUGAACAAGAACCUCGUGAAUUGGAUAUUGUUAUCAAUAAUGUAGUUUGCAGCUUUAGUGUUAGGUGUCAUUUAAAUUUACGAGAAAUUGCACUCAAUGGAUCGAACGUGGAAUACAGAAGAGAAAAUGGGAUGAUAACUAUGAAACUGAGGAGACCUUAUACCACUGCUUCUAUAUGGUCUUCUGGUAAAGUGACAUGUACUGGUGCGACUAGUGAAGUUCAAGCAAAGAUAGCAGCUCGUCGAUUUGCUCGUUCACUUCAGAAACUUGGAUUUAAAGUGCGAUUUAAUAAUUAUAGAGUAGUUAAUGUAUUAGGUACAUGUUGCAUGCCAUUUGCAAUCAAGAUAACAUCAUUUUCAUUGUACCAUAAAGAAAAUGCAGAUUACGAACCAGAAUUACAUCCUGGUGUUACGUAUAAGUUAAAAGAACCAAAAGCUACACUGAAAAUAUUUUCUACAGGUAGCGUCACUGUAACAGCUCCUAAUGUUGCUGCUGUUCAAGCAGCAAUCGAAUAUAUUUAUCCACUAGUCUAUGAAUUUCGUAAGGAAAGAACAGCAGAAGACGAACUUGCCUUAACUACAAAAAAGCGAAAAUCGGGACUAAAUAAAAGAAAUCGUGAUAAGUUCCUAAAUGAUCCAGAGUAUAUAUAUGAUACGAUGUUUUCGGAUGAAGAAGACGAGGAAGAAGAAGAGGUUGAGAGUGAUGCCAGUUGGGACUGAGCUGCUUACUUUGUUGCUGCUCUUCUGUUAAUUGUGAAACUGUUAUAUCUUGUUCUUGAAAAAAUAGAUACUGCUUUGUGUACAAAAGUGUUAUUAUAAAGAGUGAAGUGAAAGAUUCGUUUUCUCUUUGUGAAAAAACAAUGUGUGAGUGCUAGAGACAAAUAAGUAUGCAUAAGUACUUUAAUUAUAGUUGCGCUAACAUUAAAUCAACUGAACUGAAUUUCAUCAUCGUAACACAAUAUUGUUAUAAUUUACUUUCGUUAAUGAUAAUACAUACAUAAGUACAUAGAUAUAUUCAUAUAUGUGCAUGCAUGUAUCUAUGUACAUAUAAAUGUUAGAUGUAAAAAACAAUGUUAAACACGUAAUCAUUUUGUUUAGGAAGCAAUUCUUUUUUCAACUUUUGUUUGAACUUUUCAUCUUUUCAUUUCAUAUUAUUCUUUUGACGGAACUUAGAUUAUUUAAAUAAUUAAAAACAGUUUUAAACAGAACCUGUUUGUAAUUAUACUCCUUUAUAAUGUAGGUAACGAGGUGAUACAUGCUUCUUAAGUUUUUUGUUAUGUUAUGUACAAUUGAUAGAUUAUGUCCUGAAGUAUUUUGGCAGUAACGAAAGCAUCAUGUAUGUUCUUGCUGUCCUUUCUUUUACUUCUUACUCAUAGGUAUAACCUAUUAUUGCUUAAUUAACAUACUGUGCCAAAGAUGGAUGUUCAAAAUUUGAGAUAAAGAGAUCAAAGUGACAUCUAA